AAUUUGAUCCAUUUAUCAGUGGUCUUCAGCAUACCUACAGAUACGGUGAUUCCAUUAUCUUAAAUUGUAGUUCAGAGUGGUCAAAUCCUCCGGCAACACUUACAUGGUACAUCAACAAUAAAACGGCUUCCAUGACAACGUUGCAACCACAAAUCAAUGAAAUUUCACGCAGCUCAGAUGGUUUCCUUUUAUCGGCCAGCAAUUUGCAAUUACGCAUCUAUGUGGAUGAUCAGCGUUUCAUCGGUAAGAGUGAGGUUUUAGAAUUGAAAUGUGUUGCCGAUAUCAUGGGCAUUGCAAGUGUGCGACGCGCGACGAGUGUACGUGCAACAAUCCUAUCACUGGCUGAUACAAGCAACAAACAACGACUACUGGGAGGAAGUAGCAGUGCAAACAGUAUUAACAGAUUUCAACUACCACAAUUUGAUAUUAAAUUUGUAAAAUCUGUGAGUUGUAGUGUGUGGCGUUUAAUUUAUGUUCUAAUGAUGAUGACUCUGGCGUAUUUGUGGCAUACAGGUUGCUGUUACUACGUGCAAAUGGAAAGCGGCAGCAGGAGCAGCAUAUGGAGACGAAGUUAGCUACUUGUAUAGUUUUUCGAGUACAUUUUUAUAUUAAUUUUAGUUCAUUUAAGUUGAAUUUUGGGUUGGGUUUUGUUGAGUUGAGUUAUUAACGUUAGAAUACAUAUUUAAGUUAACACUUAAGGAGGGAUUAGCUGCGUAAGUAAAUAAGUAUGAUUUAUGUUUGUUAUGUACAUGCAAAUACAUGUAAAAGAACAUACACACAGACAGAUAUUUAGUAUAUGUUCGUAUACAUUAAUUUAGUUUCGUGUGUAGGUGGUCUGAUAGCAUGUAUUUGUAUGUUGUUUGUACUGAUGAUUAUAAAGAUUGUAUUGAUAUUGAUACAGAUAAAGAUGAUAAAAUAUACAAACAUAUAUUUUAGUUAAGUGGAAUUAGUUAAUGAAAAUCAACAUUAUUGAAACAAAAUAAAUAAAAAC